AUGACGACAAGCGCGCCGAGCGCGCCGAAUAAAGGGCGCGUACGCCGCCAGGAUUGGGACUAUAUACUACGUAGUGGGCUUUCCGGAGGCAUUGCCGGGUGUGCUGCGAAAACGGCGAUUGCCCCACUCGACCGCGUCAAGAUUCUUUUCCAAGCGGCGAACCCAGAGUUUAAGAAUUAUAGCGGCCGGUGGCUCGGUGUUGUCCAUGCCGCAAGACGGAUCGUGCGGCAGCAAGGCUUUGCUGCGCUGUACCAGGGCCACACAGCGACGCUGCUGCGCAUCUUUCCCUACGCCGCCAUCAAAUACAUGACAUACGAUAUGCUGCACGCAACUUUGAUGCCUACAUCCCAAAGCGAGACGUCCACAAAAUUGUUCCUUGCCGGCAGUCUCUCUGGUGUGCUCUCCGUUUUUGUCACAUACCCACUCGAAUUGAUUCGCGUACGGCUUGCUUUUGAUACCAAAAUUGUACACCACCAAGGCAGCUUGCGCUUCAUCAUCUCCUCCAUCUUCCACGAAGGUACACAACAACAUGAGUCCCGUUCUUCCGGUGUAUCUGAACUCCUGUACCGAUUCCCACUUUUGAAAUUUUACCGCGGCUUUUUCGCUACGGUGCUGGGGAUGAUUCCAUAUGCAGGGACGUCGUUCUUGGUGUUUGGCCAGUGCAAGUCGUUUAUGUACCGCACAUUUCUUUACUGCGACUCCCAUGGCGCGCCGCUUCGCGACAAGCGGGGCAAAAAUCCGCUAUUCAACGUGAGUCGCAGUGCUGUGGAUCUGGCAUCCGGCGCAAUUGCAGGCGCAAUAUCACAAACGGCGUCGUACCCACUUGAGGUUGUCCGUCGUAGGCAGCAAGUUAGCGGGAUCCUCUCUCCAGAGCGCAUGCUCUCGCUUGGAGAUACGAUCAAAUGGAUUUACAACACGUCGGGGAUCCGCGGCUUUUAUACAGGUUUGUCGAUUGGGUACAUCAAAGUCGUGCCUAUGACGGCCAUCAGCUACGCUGUAUGGUUUGGUAUGAAACGGCAGCUGGGCAUCCUAUAG